AAAGAGACCGCAUUUAAAAUCUUCGGAUUGUAUCAAAAAGUGUAUGUUUUUUCCUUUUGGCUUCCGAUGAAAUUUCAAUUUAGGCUGAAAGAAAAUGGCUAGCCUUCAAGAAAUCGCGCUGCUUUGCAGACUCUGUACAGAUAAUAAGCAAGUGAAUGUUCCUAUUUUUGAGGAUCAUAGUGAUAAAAAAGUAUUUCUUAAAAUUAACGCCUGUCUACCAGUUAAGGUAUCCAAAGAAGACCAAUUACCCAAGAAAAUAUGUGAUAUUUGCUGGAACAGGUUGGACUUGUUUUAUAAGUUCCAGAACACUUCUUCAGAUGCAGAGAAGACUUUAUCGUCUUGGCUAGCCCAGGCAAGCCAAAAAGAUGACUACCUAACAAGUGACGCUUUGACAAUUGCUGCCAACCCCAUAGAAAAUUUAAUCAAAGUAGAAACUGAGGAAAAACCUUAUUUGGAUCUUGCUCAACACUCUUCUAUUGAUGAGGAAGCCGAAGAACCACCCGCGAAACGGCCGCGCCGCUCAGCUGCCGCAAAAGCACUGAUUAAUAUUGCCCCAGAAUCUGACGAAGAAGAUGAGGAUGAACCUAAUGACGACUCAGAUCCUGUGUUUGCCCCGGAAUCUAAUAAUGAAGAUGAGGGUGAAGUGAAGGAAGACCCAGAUACCGUGUUUGUUGUGGAAUCUGAUGACGAAGAUGAUCAAAUGAUGGACGAGCCGGAUACUGUGGAUGCUGAUGCUGUUGUGAAACAAGAAGAUGAUAGCGAAGAAGACUGUAAACCUGGAACUAGUGCCUUAGAUCAACCCGGACCAUCAGGCCUUUGUCAGCAGGGAGCUGACGAGCCGUAAGUAUCUCUUUUAUUUCAGUAGCAUUUUUAUCUUUGAUAGUCUAGAACAUACAUUUUCAACUGGGUACCCUUCACUAUUUCCAUUGAAUACAGUUUAAUUUCCUUCCUGUUGUAGUUCUCGGUCCAAAUUAAGUUAAAGUUAAAAGUAAACCUUUGUGGGUUUUAUUUUUUUUUUAUUGUUGCAGUUGCGGCUUUUCAUCACUUUUCAAACUAAAGUCAAACCAGUUUCUAUAAAUUACUGAUUUUUUUUUUCUUUUUUUUUCUCGAGUCGUUAGAGCAAUAAAAUUUUUGCCUGGUUAUUUUUUUAAAUUAUAACUGUCUGCACAAAAGUCUUACUUGAGAAAAAUGGGCUACAUUUUUUUUGUGUCACUAUUACUUUACUUUUGGUGGCAUUUUCAAGAUGUACGUUUAUUUUUCUACUGGUUUUUGUGUCAAUUUUCUUGUAUUCAUUACCUAAAUGUGCUAAGGGUAUCUGGGCAAACCUUUUUUGACCUAACAAUCCAGUCCCAAUGGAUGCACCCGAGAAUGAACAAUAUUUUGCAAGAUUUCGGUCAGAUUAUUAAAUAAUUUAUUGAAUACAUAUAGCAAAUUUGAACAAAAAAUCACAUGACUGAAAACGCAGUCUCAUUGGCUAAAGGCUUUAGGCUAAAGCUGAUAUUCAUGAUUUUGUUGUCAUAUUUAAAAAUAAGAAAUUUAAAUUGGUUGAAAGAUUAAACCUAUGCUUUAUUUUUUAAUAAUGUAGUACAGGAUGAAAAUAGUCUAGGUAGUGAGUUGUGUAAUGAUUUACCUACUUAUGAGAAAUUCGGAAACCUCGCAUUUUCCAUUAAGUGAUAUCACUUUCCAAACUUGCAUUUUUGCAACAGUUUAAAAUUUCGAUUUUCGAAUCGUUUUUAUUUCCAAAAAUAGGCGUUAUUUUUUUUAAAAUUUAGAAUGACUAACACAACAAUUUAAAAAAUGUGAAAGUGACCCAUUUUGCCCUGUUGAUUUGUAUGUCCAGACAAUCUAUAAGCAACAUGGAAUAUUUGAACUAAUUGUAAACUUAAAUUAUUUCAUAUUGGGAUUUUUCCAAAAAUAUUCGUCUGGAAAUUUAUAUUUCUUGAUAUUCCAUGUUCAUUGUUAUGUUAUUGUAGUAUUAUUGUUUAAUAAUGGUGUGGUGUACUACUGUGAUUCACUAAGUUGUUGUUAUUGUUUAAUUUUUAAACAAUGCAUUUCAUUGAUUUCCUUAACACUAUUUUGCUGUUAAGGUGUUUUCAUUGUUCCACAGAUUUCAAUUGUUUCCAACUUGGGAUUUCUACUGGGAUUUUAAUUGGGCAACAUUUUUUUUUGUGUCAAUUUUCUUCAAUUGAUGCUUCAAAUGUUGCUCGAAAUAUUGCAGUCUCAUCAAUUUUGUUUCAAAGAUUGUGAUGGAAAUGUCAUUUUUAUGGCUUUUACUAACAUACUCUUGCCUUUGGUUUUUUUUUUGGCAAAAAAAUUUGAAUCCAACUACAACAGGUAAAAAGAGUUAAAUAUAAUUUUGUGUGUUCUGUUUGAAUGAAUGGUAAUUGUUUUUGUCUACCAAAUCUGUGAAUUUCAAAUAGGGGUGAACAAAAAUGCAGUGUUUUUAGGAUGGAAUUUUUAAUAAUGUCUAUUUUUUUUAAAGUAAUAACCUAUAGUGAUAACUUGAAAUUUUAAAUAUUCUUAAAAUUGUCUUUGCCUCCCUAAACAAAAAUAGACUCUAGUUGACUUUUUUUAUUUUGUUCAAGUUUGUGAAAAGUGAAUAAAGUUUUAGGUGUUACAGCAUGCAGUCUUUGCGCAAAUCUGUAAUCACCAGAUCCAGGAGAAUUUGUUCAGUUUUUCAGUGCUCUUCAUACUGCACCCAAAACAUUUCACUACAUUCAUUUCCAAAGGAUAAAAAUAAGUGUAGGGCUUGGCAAACUGCAUUGAAAAUUGGAAAGCCAAUUACUAAAUAUAUGCAAGUUUGUAGUCUGCAUUUUACAGAUGCCGAUUUCACUCCUGGUACAAACAGAAUAAUGCAUAUAAAGAUGAAAAAUUUAAUUCAAUAUAUUUUCAGCAACUAAUCAAAGAAGGCGUUUAAAAAAACUGGCAAUUCCUAGUCAGAAAAUCCCUCAGACUAAAUAUUGAGAGUAACAACAAUUUUUGACAUUUUAACAUAACACAAAACAAAAGCUUAUGCCAUUUCAUUAUUGUUCACCCCUAUACAUGUUGGUAAUUUUCACGAAUAGUGUAUUUCUUUUAGAUGCGAUUAACGAAAUGUGAAUUGCGGAGACCACUGUUAUUGGUUGGUCUAUUGUCAAGACAAGAGACAUCUAUGAGAGUUCAAUACAUAUUUUGUGAAUUUGCAAAAUUUGAAAUCGAGGUAGCGGUUUAAUUUUUUGCGAUUUUUGUUGUGAAUUUUAUGUCAGUGCAUACAUAUUCCAAAAAUGUGUGUUGUCUUCUGUUCCUUCAGUUGUUUUCUUUUCGCUCCAUAAAAGUUUGUAUCUAUGAGAGGACUGAAGAACUCCGAUUUUUCCACAACUAAAUUCACAUACGCAAUUCAGGAUUCGCAUUUAUAUGAUCUACACUUGACGAAUGAGUUAUAUUGUAAUAAACCUUUGCAUUACAGCUAUAUUUUGCCUUCUUUAAGCAGCAUAUUCACUUUAUAUAAAUAAGAAUAACAGUAGAAUUGAAUCAGUUCAUUUUGUACCUUCUUAAGCUGUUAAAAACUCUUUUUUAAAAUUUUUCAAGAUUAAUCAGUCACAUAAUAUUGUCGUAGUAAAUCAUUUUGUUGAAAAACGUCAAAUUUUUUUCUUAAAAUUCAAUAUUCAAAUUUUGUUUCUGAAUUUUAUAGGAGCUCAAUUUCCUCUUGAUUGUUUUCUGAUUUUUUAAAAGAACAUUUUAUUGUUUCAAAUUUUUUAUUCAUUAUGCAUAAAAGUUAGUUUAUGAGCCUCAAGAAAGAAGAUUCUGUCGAUGCCCCACGAUACUUUGAUGACAAUCCAAAGAUGCAACUUCAUUAGUAUUUAAUAAAUGGCUUUUUUUUUUUUAA